AUGUCGGAUCCCAACGCUGUCAAGGAGGCCGAGGUCUCCAUGGCCAACCUCUUGCUCGACGAGGUCACCGGCGAGAAGGUGUCCAAGUCCGAAUUGAAGAGACGCCAGAAGCUCCGCGAGAAGGAGGCCAAGAAGAAGGAGAAGGAGGCCGCUGCUCCCCCCAAGGCCGAGAAGAAGACUUCCGCCGAGGAUGAUGAGGCUAACCUCACUCCCAACCAAUACUUCGAAAUCCGAACCAAGAAGGUCCAGAAGAUGCGCGAGACCAGGACUCCCAACCCCUACCCCCACAAGUUCCAGGUCACCAAUGACCUGCGUGAGUUCCUCAAGGAGCACGAGGGGCUCCAGAAGGGCGAGCAGAAGCCCGACAUCCCCGUCCGCAUCGCCGGUCGUAUCUUCACUAAGCGUUCCUCCGGCGGCAAGCUGAUCUUCUACGAUCUCCGCGCCGAGGGUGUCAAGGUCCAGGUCAUGUGCCAAGCUCAAAACGCCACUGGCAGCGUCCCCUUUGCGGAGCAGCACGAGCACCUGCGCCGUGGUGACAUCAUUGGAAUUGUCGGUUUCCCCGGCCGUACAGCCCCCAAGAACCGCCCCGACGGUGAGCUGUCUAUCUUCGCUACCGAGGUUGUUCUCUUGUCGCCCUGCCUGCACGCAAUCCCCUCCGAGCACUAUGGCUUCCAGGACAAGGAGCAGCGUUUCCGCCAACGCUACUUGGAUCUGAUCAUGAACGACCGCUCUCGCAACAUCUUGCGCACCCGUGCCAAGAUUGUUACCUACAUGCGCAAUUACUUUGAGCAGCGUGAUUUCACUGAAGUUGAAACCCCUAUGAUGAACGCCAUUGCCGGUGGUGCUACCGCCAAGCCUUUCAUCACUCACCACAACGAGCUUGAUAUGAAGCUGUAUAUGCGUAUCGCCCCGGAGCUGUACCUCAAGAUGCUGAUCGUCGGUGGUAUGGAGCGUGUCUUCGAGAUUGGAAAGCAGAUGCGAAACGAGGGCAUUGAUCUUACUCACAACCCUGAAUUCACCACCUGUGAAUUCUAUCAGGCGUAUGCCGAUAUGUACGAUUUGAUGGACUUGACUGAGGACCUCGUCUCUAACCUCGUCAAGCAUGUGACUGGUGGUUAUGAAACCACCUUCCACACCCAGACUGGCGAGGCCCACACUAUCAACUGGAAGGGUCCCUGGAGGCGAGUGGAGAUGAUCCCCGCUCUGGAGGAGGCCACUGGCGAGAAGUUCCCGCCGGGCACCGAGCUCCACACCGACGAGACCAACGAGUUCCUCAAGAAGAUCCUCAAGAAGAUGAACCUGGUCGGCGAGUUCAUUGAGAACACCUGCCAGAACCCUACCUUCAUCAUGGGCCACCCUCAGAUGAUGUCGCCCCUGGCCAAGGCCCACCGUGACCAACCCGGUCUGUGCGAGCGUUUCGAGGCAUUUGUCAUGACCAAGGAGAUUUGCAACAGUUACACCGAGUUGAACGAUCCCUUCGAUCAGCGCAUGCGCUUCGAGGAGCAAGCCAACCAGAAGAGCCAGGGCGACGACGAGGCUCAGUUGAUCGACGAGACGUUCUGUCAGUCUCUCGAGUACGGUCUCCCUCCUACCGGUGGUUGGGGUAUGGGUAUUGACCGUCUGGUCAUGUUCCUGACCGACAACUACUCCAUCAAGGAGGUUCUUGCUUUCCCCAUGAUGAAGGAUGACAAGACCGCUGAGCAGCCCAAGUCUGCUGCCGAAAUUGCCGGUAUUGAGCCUUCUCCUGAGGAGGGAAUCCCCCACAAAUAA